AGGCAGGGGUCAUGCUGAUACGGUAGGUACGUACGAUACGAACGCCCUUCAUACCAUCAAAAGAAGCGCGCGCGACUUCUAAACACCAUUGAAAAUGUCGCGGUCUGGUGAUCAAAAAUCCAUCUCUCGUCGACUACGAGGUCGAUCUAUCAUCAAAAUCCUCUUGCAAAACCUCUUCGAUUCGAUUCUUCUUGAUGCCAAAACUAAAAUUCCGUUUUGUGUGUUGCAACAGCGACAGAGAGGACGCGCUCCCGUACACCGCCCCGCCCCCCCCCCCAACACCCAUUGUUACGCCUUCAUUGAACGAGCCAUAGAUAGAUAGACAACCAUGAAGAUAGAAACCGUAUCAUCUUCGGCCAACGGAUCUGCUGCUGCCGGCAGCCGAAUAUCCGCCCACACCCACAUCUCGGGUCUGGGAUUGGACGAGAACGGAGACGCCAUCGUGCCGAUGGCGGAAGACGCGCAAGGAAGCGGAGCCGUGGCUGUAAACACAUCGGGUCUCAUCGGCCAGGUUGCGGCACGAGAGGCGCUGGGUGUCGUUUCGGAUCUGGUUCAUUCCCAGCGGCUGGCCGGACGGGCGUUGUUGCUGGUGGGCCCACCCGGUACGUAACAAACGCAUCGCACGCUGCCGGAUCGGCAGGACUCUCCAGAACGCUAACGCCGAUGCUUGCUUUGAAAAAACGAGGCAUAUCGAAACCCAACAAAAAGAGGGAUCUAUGCACAGAACGAAACUGACCCACCUUGUUUUUGUACCGAUUUGCCAAAUGGCGGGUGAUUGAUMCACAUCCACAUCCACGACAACGAACACCGCGCCUGGAUCAGGCACCGGCAAGACGGCACUGGCCAUGGCUUUGGCCCAAGAAGUCGGUUCGAAUCAAUCGAACAAGCUUCCGUUCUGCCACAUGGUAGCCUCCCAAGUAUUUUCACGAGAGGUGAAGAAAACCGAGGUCAUCAUGGAGCACUUCCGAAAGGCCAUCGGGUUGCGGAUCCAGGAACGGAAGGAAGUUUACGAGGGGGAGGUGACCGAACUGGUACGCAACGCAACGCAACGCACGGCAACAGGCCAUGCUGGCAAUCCAGUGCUCUCCGUGUUUGCGAUUUAUAAUGCGCGGGUCUGGUCUUGCUCAACAACAAAUUUCGUUCUGCCUUUCAUUCGUUUUGUCGCUGGUUCUUUCGUUCCAACAACACAGACCGUCGAAGAAACGGAAGAUCCGCUGGGAGGAUACGGCCGAACCAUUUCGCACGUCAUACUGGGCCUGAAAACGGCAAAGGGGAGCAAGACGCUCAAGCUCGAUCCCACGAUUCACGACUCGUUGUCCAAGGAGGGGGUAGCCGUGGGCGACGUGAUCUACAUCGAGGCCAACAGCGGAGCCGUCAAGCGGGUGGGGCGGUCCGAUUCGUUUGCCACCGAGUUCGAUCUCGAGGCCGAGGAAUACGUGCCGAUUCCGAAGGGCGACGUCCACAAGCAAAAGACGGUGAUCCAGGACGUGACGCUGCACGACCUGGACAUGGCCAACGCCCAUCCGUCCUCCGGCGGGGGUUCUUCCAGCCAGCGGGACGUGCUGGGGCUCCUGCGGAGCAUGGGAAAGCCAAAAAAGACGGAGAUCACCGACAAGCUGCGGGCCGAGAUCAACAAGAUCGUCGAGCAGUACAUCAACCAGGGGAUCGCCGAGCUCGUCCCGGGCGUUUUGUUCGUCGACGAGGUCCACAUGCUCGACAUGGAAUGCUUUACCUACCUGAACCGGUCGCUGGAAUCGCCCAUCGCCCCGAUCGUCGUGUUUGCCACCAAUCGCGGGGUGACCACCAUCCGGGGAACGGAGCCGAGCGGCAUCAAGGCGCCGCACGGAAUCCCCCUCGACGUCCUGGACCGCAUGCUGAUCGUCCCUACGCUUCCCUACUCGGUGCAGGAGAUGAUUUCCAUAUGCCAGAUCCGUGCCAGGACCGAGAAGCUGGACCUGACCCCGGACGCCUUUCGCCUGCUGGGAGCGAUUGGCGAAAAAGCGAGCCUGCGGUACGCGAUCCAGCUCCUGACGCCGGCCAAGCUGGUGGCCGAAACCCAGGGCCGGACCCAGAUCGUUCCGGAGGACAUCUCGCAGGUGGACGAGCUGUUCCUGGAUGGCAAGGCCAGUGCGCAAAUGCUGCUGUCCAACGACAGCAUCGGGCUAAUGAGCUAAUGGAUGCGAGGUUUCAACGGAAUGG